GCCCCCGUUGCCUGGAUACGCGGAGGCGCGAGGACGCUCGGGGUUAGGCCUGAGGGCCCUGGAAAGCUGAUCCGCGGGAGCCGCGGGCGGCGAGCGGGCGGACGCGCGCCCGUGGGCUCCUCCGCGGUGCCGGCCUCAGAAGGUGUUCGGAGCGCUCCGGAGCCCGGCGGCUCCCCUUCUGCGCCGACGCGGUGGUUUUAAGUGAACAGACAAUGGCCAGUAAUCAUAAAUCUUCAUCCCGCCCUGUUUCACGAGGUGGAAUUGGGUUGACAGGAAGGCCUCCUUCUGGAAUACGACCUCCAUCAGGAAAUAUUCGAGUGGCAACUGGAAUGCCACCUGGAACAGCAAGACCAGGGUCUCGUGGCGGUCCCUUGGGCACUGGUGGAAUUCUGUCUUCUCAAAUCAAAGUUGCUGAUCGUCCUGUUACGCAGCAAGGUUUGAGUGGAAUGAAAACUGGAAUGAAAGGUCCCCAGAGGCAAAUUUUAGAUAAAUCUUACUAUCUUGGACUUCUUCGAAGUAAAAUAAGUGAACUUACAACUGAAAUUAAUAAACUUCAAAAAGAAAUAGAAAUGCACAAUCAAGAGAAUUCAGUCUAUUUGUCAUAUGAAAAGAGAGCAGAGACUUUAGCUGUUGAAAUCAAAGAGUUUCAAGGACAACUAGCAGACUACAACAUGUUGGUAGAUAAACUUAAUACCAAUACUGAAAUGGAAGAAGUAAUGAACGAUUACAACAUGCUUAAAGCUCAGAAUGAUCGAGAAACACAAAGUAUGGAUGUUAUAUUUACUGAACGACAAGCGAAAGAAAAACAAAUCGGAAGUGUAGAAGAAGAAAUUGAACAAGAAAAACAAGCAGCAGAUGGCAUUAUCAGAAAUAUGUCUUCUGAGAAGCAAGUCAAGUAUAUAGAGAUGAAAAGCACGAAUGAGACAUUGUUACGGGAGUUAGAUACCCUUCAGCAACAAUUGGAUUCACUGAGCAUGAAGAAGGAGAGCCUGGAAACUGAAAUAACUCACUCCCAGGUGAAACAGGAGGCUGUACUGCUGCAUGAGAAGCUUUAUGAGCUGGAAGCCCACCGAGAUCAAAUGAUUGCUGAAGACCAGAGCGUGGGCUCCCCGAUGGAAGAGAGGGAGAGGUUACUGAGACAGGUUAAAGAAGAUAAUCAAGAAAUAGCCAGCAUGGAGAGACAGUUAACAGAUAUAAAAGAAAAAAUAAAUCAGUUUAGUGAAGAAAUCAGACAACUUGACAUGGAUUUAGAGGAUCAUCAAGGUGAAAUGAAUCAGAAAUACAAAGAACUAAAAAAAAGAGAAGAAAAUAUGGAUACUUUCAUAGACACCUUCGAGGAAACUAAGAAUCAGGAACUGGAACGGAAGGCACAGUUAGAAGCCAGCAUUGUUGCCCUUUUGGAGCUUUGUAGUAGGAAUAUAAAUCGUAUGAAACAGAUAUCUUCUAUUACUAAUCAAGAACUAAAAAUGAUGCAAGAUGACCUCAAUUUUAAAUCUACUGAAAUGCAGAAAUCACAAAGUACAGCUAGGAAUUUGACUUCAGACAGUCAACGUCUACAGUUAGAUCUACAGAAAAUGGAGCUCCUGGAAAGUAAAAUGGUCGAGGAACAACAUUCUCUGAAAAGCAAAAUUAAGCAAAUGACAGCUGAUCUGGAGACAUACAAUGAUUUGCCAGCUUUAAAAUUAUCAGGUGAAGAAAAGAGAAAGAAAUUGCAUCAGGAGAGAACGGUAUUAUCAACCCGAAAGAAUGCCUUUAAGAAAAUAACAGAGAAGCUAAAUAGCGAAUAUGAGACACUGAAAACACAGUUACAAGAAAACGAGACACAUUCUCAGCUUACAAAUUUGGAGAGAAAGUGGCAACACCAUGAGCAAAAUAAUUUUGUGAUGAAAGAAUUCAUAGCAGCCAAGAGUCAGGAAAGUGACUACCAGCAAAUCAUUAAGAAUGUGAACAAGCAGAUUGUGGAAUACAAUAAAACCAUCGUGGAUGCUCUUCGCAACACCAGCAGGAACGGAGUCUGAAUCGACUGAUAGUUUCUAUAGACGUUAUCUUCUUGGUGCUAAGAUGACAGAAAAAUUAAAAUACCUUACCUUUUAAGAGUUGUAUGUAAAAUUUCUGAAUGCUAUAAUUUUUGUGGCUUCUUCCAAGAAUGGUAUUUUAAAUAGUUUAAUAGUUCAGUAAAGAGUUUUCGUACAAAAACAUGGCAUCUCUUUUUGUGUGGUACUUGUAUUUGUUCUGUGGGUGAUAAAAGUAUCUUAGAGAGCCAAGGGCUUAAAAUAAUGACCAUUGAGGUUCACCCAGCUGUGUAAUUCGACUGUAGCACCAGGUAAGGUCAUUUUUUCAUGUUUGACCUAGGAGAGAUACAUGGAAUAUCCGAUUUAGUUACUUACAUCAGUCUUCUUGGCUUUUCUUUAUAGGACAAGUAAGGUAGAAGGGAGAUUUUAGCACUGAACCUUCUCAGAAGGGAAUAUUAAAUGUAUAUUAUUUAGCAUAUAAAGUCAAAAGCAAAGGUACACCAUGUUCUGUAUGUAUUAGCCUGAAGAUCUAGAUGAAAGCCUCUAGUCUUUAUAUUUGUAAAAAAUUUUCUCAAAUACAUAUGCCAAGAAAAAGAUGACAUUUAACUGAAAUAUUGCACAUGUGGUGAGCUCUUUCAGGGUGUGGUGAGUGCUGUUCAUUUCUGCCCUGGAGAUUGCGUUUGAUUCUUGUAUUAUAGGAGGACCAAGAAGAUGCAUUCGCCAGUAUUUUGAAAAGAAAGGCUAAACAAGGCGGAAUCGUAUCAUAUUCAAACAGCACCCUUUGGGGAGAGGCGCAGAAUCUGGGAGACAGGGUAAUGACAGACAUCCUGUCUUCUGGGACAGGAAUGAGUCACUUUGACCAGCAUGAAGCAUUCUUUAACCACUUAUCAGUUUACCCCGAGUGACACUUGGGCAGUGAAUUUGUUUACGUACUGACUAUCCCAAGUGUCACUGGGGCAGGUGUCAUUUCAACCGGUUGCUUCUUGUAUGGAAUAAACUUGAUAAAAUUGUCA